AUGCUGGAGCGGUACCUGCUGGGAAAGGCACCAGAUCUUCUGGACAUCGGUCAUCGGUGGAAUAGCAUCUCCGACAAUGAAGACGCCUCACCACUGCAUGGCUCCGUGCGGCGGAUCACAGAGGACUGCUGCUUGCAGCAAUUUGGCACUCCGCUUGCUGACAUUUUGCAGUCGGCAAGAGCAUUGCGCCAAAGACUGAAGCAGCUGAUCUCAGCCGAAAGUAGAAAUUCAGAAGAGAAGCUGCCUCCCAUUGAGGUUCCCAGUUGCUGGUCGCAUCCUCGACUGACUUGCCGACGUCUGGUAUUGCGGGAUUCUACCAGCUUGACUGGCUUUGAACUUUGUGCCAGUGGUUGGUCUGGACUUUGCUUUGGGCCCAUCUACUCCGACCUUGCAAGGGUAUUGACCGAUGCACUUUUUGAGGCAGUCAAGUUACCAAGCUUCAUCGAGGACUUCCACAUGAUCUACUCAACGGAAGGACACGCAGGUGUUGCUGUACCUCCUGUGCUGCUGGGAGAACAGUUGGGGAUCACCACAGGGGCUGCUACAUUCAUUUUGGGAAGAGCCACAGAGCAGUUGGCAGCAAAGAGAUGUGAAACGAAGCACGAAUCCUUUGUGGAUUUGCCUGAAGGGCCGUUGGUGGGUGACAGGUCUCUAGCCAAAUGA